AUAAAAUUUAUUUAUAUGUUCGCACCAAUUUAAUUAUAUAAGUAGUAGAUAAUGACUUUUUAAUUAUUUAAUAUAUAUUUAUUAUUUCAUAAUAUAUUAGAAAUAUAUAAUAUAUAAAAUAAUUUAUAUAUAUAAUGUUCAUUCCGUGCAAGACGCGGAUCUUAACCUAGUCCUCCAUUAUAUGCAUAGCUUCUUUUUUUUUCUUGACAUAUAUGAUUCAUCAAAUCUGGUGCUAGAGUUACUCACGAGGAAAUGUCACUUGGUAGAGCAUCUAUUCUUAGAAACUUCUUUUGGAGGUAAGAUUUCCACCUAAGGUUCUUUCCUUUUGUUAUACUUCCAGUUUUUCCUUAAACUUCUAUAUGAUUGGUGGGUUAGGCGAUAAUAUAGAAUAUUCUACCAUCAAAGCGUUUGUGACCAACUGCCCCAAGUUAACUUGUCUAACACUUAAAGGUUUUAACCUAGAUGAUGCAAUGGCUCGAAUGCUUGUGAAGGUGUGGCUCCUUAAUUUUUAUUUUAGUAUAUAUUUCUCUCUUCAUUUGGUACUAUAUGGGCUUUACAAAAACCAAUAUUGGAAUUGUUUUGCAGGGCUUGCUCAAACUUAAGUAUGUGAAUCUGUCUAGCACAUCCGGAAUCCAUAGAAAUUUCUUGAAGUUAUUUUUAAUAGGAUACAAAUAAAAUGUAUAUCAUCGUGGUCUCUGUUAGCAAGUUUCUCAAGAUGAAAACUUCUGAUGGUAGGGAUUUGGAAAAUACUUGCAAAGACAGUCCACUUGAGACUCUAAUAUUGCGUGACUGUUCUCUAGAGGAGGAUGUAUCAAGUGGCAACGGUUUAGCAUGUGAUGGAGAUGAAAGAACUUUGGAACCAAACUUUCCUGUGGAGAAGCUGAAAGAAGGAAGAUCAAAUUUCGAAUUGGUGACAGAAUUUCCCUCAAGUCUGGAAAGGUACAUCAAUGACUAUGUGUUGUUAGUUAAGCUUAUAAGGAGUUACUAGGUGAAGACCUGUACCUAGCACGAAGUGAAACGAAUCUAAAAAAUAAUAACAUUAUAUAAAAGUACAUGAAAUAUAUUUUGUUACAUGAAAUCUAAUGCAUUUUUGGUUGGUGAAGCAA